GGGGAAGCUCCGCCCGCUGGGUUGCCGUUCCGGGGCGCGGGAAGGUGGCGGACCGGGCAGCAUGGGGCUCACGUUGGAGAGCCUGCGGGAGGCCAUGAAGUACAUGGUGGAGUCGCGGGGCUUCGACCGAGUGCUCCACAAGAUGAAACUUGUUUCUGCAACUCCUGGAAAAGUUGUUUGUGAAAUGAAAGUAGAGGAGGAGCAUACAAACAGAGGUGGCACAUUACAUGGAGGUCUGACAGCCACACUUGUGGAUGUGGUGUCAACAACAGCAUUGCUGUACACAGAAAGAGCAUUGCCUGGGGUCAGCGUGGACAUGAACAUCACAUAUGCUUCUGCCGCUAAGAUUGGAGAAGAUGUACUGAUUACAGCUCAGAUUUUGAAGCAAGGAAGAAAUCUUGCAUUUGCCAGCGUGGAUUUAACAAAUAAAGCGACAGGAAAGUUAAUUGCACAAGGUAGACAUACAAAGUUUCUAGGAAAUUAAAAUAAGAAAGUAAUUUUUAAAAUAAUUAACUUGAGCUUAAGAGUCUCUUACAGAACAAUUUUCUCAUUUAUGCUGUAAGACAUCAUCUGCACAAAGUUGUAGUAGUCUUUAUAGCAUUAGUCUCACUCCCAUAAUAAAUAAAUUUCUCAAUUAUCACCAAAAUUGCUUCAAGCCUAAAAUUAGUGCCUAUUCUGGGAUGAACAACACAAUGUGAUAGUAUAAAGAUGCAUAUGGCUUUUUUUGGUCAAGGCAGCAGGAGGAGAGUGUCUGGGUCAGCCAUAUGGUUUACUGAUAUAACAGUGUUUUAAGAGAUACACAUUUUCUUUGCCUUUGGUGUUGUCAUGUGACAAAGCAAUCCUGUCUUCAGGGCCCAUAACAGUCACAUUCAAACAACACUAUAUGCUUACAAACUAAGCUACCUGUUCUGUAAAGAUGGUAGAAUAGAGUUCCUGUAACAAUGUGAAACUGCUUUGAAAGUGUAAAGCAGGCUGAUACAGAAUGUAAUUUAUUGAUACUGUAACAAAUUAAAAAGUAUCCAAUAAAGCUUUCUGAAAAUUAAUUUUCAAA